AUGUCGGAGCGAGGGCGGACGCGCGCGUUCCUGGUGAUGGAGGUGAUGCGAGAGGCGCUGGCGAAGGACCCCAAGGAGACCAUCCACCUUGAAGUCGGCCAGCCCUCCUCCCCUGCACCCAGGAAGGUCAGGGAAGCUGCGAGCGCCGCAUUGCAGGGGGAAGAGAAGCUGGGCUACACAGAGGCAGCAGGGGUGCGGGAGCUGAGGGAGAAGAUAGCAGGGCACUAUAAGACAAGCUACGGGGUGGAGGUUGAUGCAGGUAGUGUGCUGGUCACAACAGGUAGCAGUGGAGCCUUCAUCGUUGCCUUCACUGGCGCCUUCGACCAUGGCGAUCGGGUGGCAAUGGCUUCUCCUGGGUAUCCGUGCUACCGCAACAUCUUAGAGGCUCUCGGAGUUGAGGUGGUUGAGCUGCCAGUGGGGGAGGAGACGAACUGGCAGCCAACUCGCGCCAUGCUGGAAGAAGCGAUGAAGGGAGGGAAGAUCCAUGGGCUCAUCCUCGCCUCUCCUUCCAACCCCACGGGGACCAUCUUGCGCUCGUCGGAGAUGCAGGACCUCUGCUCCUGCUGCUCGACUCACGGCAUCCGCCUCAUCUCCGACGAGAUCUACCACGGCAUCAUCAUGGAGGGCCGCGCCGACUCGGCGCUGCAGUUCAAGAAGGACGCGGUGAUCAUCAACAGCUUCUCCAAGUACUACUCGAUGACAGGAUGGCGACUGGGAUGGAUCGUCUGCCAGGAUCCUCAGCUUGCUCAAUCUUUUGAGAAUCUCCUGCAGAACUUCUUCAUCUCCGCUCCCACCCUCUCCCAGCUCGCUGGUGACCCUUCCUCUCUCCUCCGCCUCCCUCUGACUGAUCUCCUUCUGACUCGCCUCCUGCUCCUCUUCCUCGUCUCGUCGACUCUCUUUGCAGGAAUUGCUGCAUUUGAUUGCAUAGAUGAAUUGGAACAACAUGUCGAACGGUACAAGAAAAACCGAGAGGUUCUCCUUAAUGGACUCCCGAAGGCUGGCUUCCACGAGCUCAGCAGGCCACAGGGAGCCUUCUACAUCUACGCGCACGUCAAGCACAUCUGUAAGGACAGCAUGGAGCUCGCCAAGAAGAUCCUCGCUGACUGCUCCGUUGCCGUCACUCCCGGCUUGGACUUCGACCUCUCGCGAGGAGGAGAGUUCAUUCGUUUCAGCUUCGCCGGUGCCACCCAAGACAUGGAGCGAGCCUGCGAGAAACUGCAGAGAUGGUAA